UCAAUUAUUAAAAAACGGCGCCGUUUAUCCAGAUGUGAAUACGGGGAACUGUGUCGUUUUGGACGGGUAGAAAGUACAAUGGCGAAUACGCGUUCACCCAGAGAAGCAGCAGAAGGAAAAAGUGACUGCAGAGAGGUAUCGAAAAAAGUAACUCGGAAAUAGUUUCACUCUGAUCAAAAUCAAACUGAGGUAGUGUUCAAUUUCUCUCUCAUCGCUAUAAUAGAUCAUCGAAUUACAGAUCUUUGAAGAUUCCAUUUAGUGUCGAAUAACAACGGAAUCAAAUCAAAUCAAAUCAAAUCAAUCUCGAUUGGAAUUUUAGGAAUCGAGGAAGGAAUUAGGGUUAGGGUAAGGAUUGAGAAGGCAUAUAGGAGAAGAAGUAGUAGAAGAAGAAGUCAAUUCAAAAUGCCGGAAGAGGAUUUGGUGGACAUCAAAUUUAGGUUGUACGAUGGUUCUGAUAUCGGACCCUUCAGGUACUCCUCCGCUGCCACCGUCGAUAUGCUUAAGCAAAGGAUUGUCUCCGAUUGGCCCAAAGGUAAAACCGUCGUGCCAAAGUCAGCUAAUGAAGUGAAAUUGAUUAGUUCUGGUAAAAUCUUGGAAAACAAUAAGACUGUUGGUCAAUGUAAAGUACCAUUUGGUGAGACUCCAGGGGGUGUUAUAAUAAUGCUUGUUGUUGUACAGCCAUCUCUAGCAAAAACUAAAGCUGUGUAUAGGUUUGAUUGUCAAGCCAAAUAUCAAUGUAGCUUACCAUUACUGCAUUGCUUCAUAUGGGGAAGAUAAGAAGGUUGAUGAUUCGCCAAAGAAGGUUGUCUGUUCUUGUUCCAUAUUGUGAAGAGAGUUUGUGAGUUGGAUAUGCGUAUCCUCAUACAUCAAUCACUCAUGAACUGUAGAAAUCAUCUGCCUGAACAAACCCCUAUUUCAGCAUUCCUGUGUAAAGUACGUAUACGAGCAAUUAUAUACUUAUAGAAAAGUUUGUGUUAAUGGUGACUUCCGAAGAUGCUGUCAUUCUUUUAUUACAAGGUCUACAGAGUUGAUGACAUUGUAACCAUUGAUUGCUAGUGUCGUGCAUCAAGUUGUCGUUUUGCAUUUGCAUUUGCAAUGACGUGCGUGAUAUCUCUUGAGCAGUGUUCACUUUCUCAUUUCAGUUUAUCAUGGACAUGGAUAAUUCACCAA